CCUAGGUCCUUUGCCCAAAUAGCUAAACCCUGCAAGUUUUCUCCUCUUGGACCUUUGCCAUCACUUCUCCGUUAGAUUUUCUUUUUUUCAACAAAAUUUGAAGCUUUUACUUGCGGUGGAGCAUCAAAGUUUACAUCUUUGGUCUUGAUUUAAGUCAAUGGAGCACGGUUCAUUUGAAGAUCAGUCAAAAGCAACAUUCUCGCUGACAGAUGAGGAUCAUACACUGGCAAAUGCUGUUAGAUUCACUCUAAAUCAAGAUCCCAGAGUAACAUUUUGUGGUUACAGCAUUCCACAUCCCUCUGAUGCUCGAGUGAAUAUAAGAGUUCAGACUACUGGGGAUCCAGCAAGGGAGGUAUUCAAUGAUUCAUGUCAGGAUCUUAUGCUUAUCUGCGAACAUGUUAGAGGCACAUUUGAUCAGGCUGUUUUAAAGUUUAAAACCGGAAAAGGUCUGAGUGCUAUGGAUAUCAAGAAAUGAUUUGACUAAUAGUUUAAAUAGCCUUCUAUCCAUGUGAUUUUUUUCCUGUUUUGCAAACACGAGGAAACCAUCAAAAGCAAUUGUUUAUUUGGUGCACUAAGUUGCUUUUUUUGCAAAAUCAUGCUAAAGAAUGCACCUUGGGCUGUAUGGAAAUAUUAAUCUGCACAUUGGUUGUUUUAAGUAGUAAUUUUAUGUUCUAGUUUAUGUGAUUGUGAAUAUCAUAGA